UCUCUAACUCCCUCGUCCCCACUCGCCCACCUCCACGUCUCUGUUGAAAACUGCAAGACCACCUGAAAACUACCAGGGGAAAGAAACAGAGCAAACCCCACCAAAUCAGUCAAUCAAUGGGCUGUGUUUCUUCCAAACUCUUCCGGAAACAACUCCAUCAAGACAUCAUCGUCAACAAUGGCGGCAGAGAGUGUGUUAACCAUGUGGUCUCUCUCACUUCCUCAACCUACGGUGCUCUCAAACUCGACUUCAACGAAAAACGGCAACAAAAACAAGAUGCAGCAGCAGAAGAAGAAGAACCCAGCAAGGAGAUAGUUUCGGAGGGUAAGAAAAUGCAGCAGAGAUCGCCACCUCGAGAAGAGCUCGAGGUUAUUAACACUUGGGAGCUCAUGGAGGAUCUUGAAGAUGGAGGAGUACCAGUUUCUAAUCAUCCCAAAAAAAGCCCCAAAUCGAGGGCUUUGCUUCGUGGGUUUGCUGAUAUGGAUGCUAGGAGCCCAUUGCAGUUCUUAAAUCAAAUUGGGUCUCCAAGGAAAGCCAGGACAUUUGGUGGGAAAGAAAAUAAGGUGAAGAGAGUGUCAGAGUUUAGCCCGAGACCAGUUCUGAAAGCUAACAAGUCUUCAGGACAAUCGAGUAAGGCGGUUCUGAGAUUGAGUUAUCCAGUAAAAGGUUCUCCAGUCAGGGCUAAAACAGAGAAUGCUGGUUGCGACGAUUCUGAGGUUUCUUCAAGGAGGAGGAGUUUCAGUCCUUUAUUCGAUCCGGAGCUUGUAGCAUUGUACGAAAAGGAGUUAUCAGAAGAGGAAGGGCAAAUCAAGAGGAUCAUUUCACUAACACCCAGGCCUCAAAAGUCAAAGAAUGCAAGAGAACUGGGGUCUAUUCUCCAUUCUUUUGAACAAAAAUGCCCUCCAGGUGGGGAUAAUGCGGUUGUGGUUUAUACUACUACAUUGCGAGGAAUAAGAAAAACGUUCGAGGAUUGUAAUACUGUAAGGUCGAUUAUUGAUUCCUACCAUAUUCAUAUGAUAGAGAGAGAUAUUUCAAUGGAUUCAGGCUUCAAGGAGGAGAUAAGAGGGCUAAUGGGUACAAAGGAAGUGAAAGUUCCACUGGUGUUUGUUAGAGGGAGGUUGAUUGGAGGUGCUGAUCAAGUGGUGAAGUUGGAGGAAGAAGGCAAGUUGGGGAUUUUGUUUGAUGGGAUUCCAAGAGGGCUUGCUGGAGUGUGCCAAGUGUGUGCAGGUUUAAGGUUUGUGAUGUGUAUGGAGUGUAAGGGAAGCUGCAAGAUCUUGAAUCAGGAGCAGAAGAAAAUGGUAAGAUGUGGUGAGUGUAAUGAAAAUGGGCUGAUACGUUGCCCUAUUUGUUGCUAAUUUAACCUUUUCUUUUACUUCUUGAAUUAGUAUUGAGAUUGUGGGAUUUUUGCCACUUUUGAUUCUUGUAAGAACAAUGAUUCUUGCAAGAACAAUGAUUCUUGAUUGGUUUUGAUUCCUCUGAGAGGAAUGAACAGAAAAUUAUUUGUUAAUGAUGUUAUUUUCUGUUCAUUAGAGGAAGUGGGAGUACUAAAGUGGGUUUUAGGCCUGUUACAUACAUUCCCUUGCUAGAUUCUGGCUUGUAUUUCUGGAUAUUAAUCAGUUGGUUUAACAUAUCAAUGUAAUUUAUAUUUGAGGCAAGGUUGAUUAUAUCUUUUGUGAAUGAAAGCCUUUUACUCAUGAUGCCAA